UAACCGAGUCAGCAGAAAAAUUGAAUAACGAAUGAGGCAAAAAAUGCCGAGAAAUCUAAAAUUUUCUUCACUUUUUUCAAUCGACGAGGCAAUCACUUAUUGAAAAUGCGAAACAAAUAAACCCGUCAAACCUCUAAAAACAUCUGCUAUUAAUAAAUACGUUUAAGCAGUAGGAUGGCGAAGAUAAAAGACGAUAGUGAACAAGCUGUCGAUAGUGAAGAAGGCACGACCAGUGAAGACGAACCACAUAAAGUGUCAUGGAAUGUAAACAAAAGGUUCUUUUUACAUGAUAAUAACCUCGGAAAAAAUGCCGCUAGCUUAGCUAAAUGUUUUGACAAACAGAAGAGGAAGAAUUUUGAAAUGCUUUCAUCGAUAUCAAAGGAAGCAAAGCUUAUUAAACUUCCAUUAGAGAUAGUUGAAGCUGCUGCUAAGAGUAAAGUUAAGAAAAAACAAUUAGAUAAUGAAGAAACAUUAUGUAAUGCCUAUACUAAAGUACUUAGACAAAAGAAAAAGAGCGAAAAGAAGAAAAGUGUUUCUACAUCUCAUUUUCAAUUAGUUUUUCUGGAUGAAGCAAUGAAUGGAAACAAGAAAGUUCCAGAAAAAGCAAAUAUGUUUCUACAAUCUCAUUUUUAUGGUGGAAGAUUUGACAGAUUGCCAGGUUUAAACGAAUCAACUGUUCAAUGUAAGAAUAGUGGGAUUAUUAGGCCUGCUUUAAAGUUUAGAAAAUCCUAAUGCUUGUAUUAAUAUCUUUAAUUGUCAAAUCUAAGGAGAUAUACCAUUAUGAACAAGUGUUUUCUUACAAAAUUUUGAAACAACUAUCAAUUAAAAUUUAAAAUUAUUUAAGUUGUUCUUGAAUGUAAACCUUUCAAUAAUAUCAUUGUAAUUUCUAUCA